AUGAGAGAAGGGGACUUGUUAUCUGGAAGUGGCAUCUCUCUGACCUCAUUUGCAAUUUGUCCUUCACAGACCUCUCUUGGCACCGAUCCCGACCUUGUUACGAUGCAGCGGCAAGCACAUUCGCUUUCACAUGCAUCCCGAGCAUGGAAUGAUCAGUCACUCGAAAUCAUUCCCGUCCGCUAUCAUCAACCCAUUCCCGCGAAGACAGACACGAUACAACCGAGACGAAGAGUACUUCGCACCGCGUCUGUUGCCAUGAUGCGCCGGUCUCCGAUGGAUGGGCUCAGUCUUAUGAGAUACGUUCGAGGCCACCCCUACGAACGGAACUGGCUCGAAUGGACUGCGUUCAUCUCAACCUGCCGCGAUCCCAGUCCUCAUGCGAACGACCGCCGCUUUCUCAGUCCAGCGGAGCGAGGCUGCUGCUACCUCCACGACACUGCUAUGCAAGUCAAUGUCGCUCGUCCUGUGAGGCGGUCCUAG